AUGCAGGCCUUUCAGAAGGUGAUGGCGCUGGAGCAGGAUGAGGCUGGUCUGAAGCAACAACUCUGGGCCGAGCAUCAGCGCGUGGAUCGCCUGGAGGAGGCCUUGCAGAGAGAGGAGAAGCAGAGAGACGAGGUCAUGAAGGAGAACCUCGAACUGAAGAAGGAGAUGCAGCAUGAGGCACAGGUGAACGAUCAGACCGCCCAGCGGCUAGAUGCUCUUGAGAAGGGCCACAGUGCCGGCGCUGAGACUCGUGUCCAAGCACUGGAGGAGGAGAAUGUGAAGUUUCGUGCUGCGCUGGCAGGGGCUGCCCGGCGGUUGAUCAACUUGGAGGCGGACGUGACGAGCCAAAGGCGCUGGGACGAUGCCCAGCGGCUUGGUGGAGUGCAAGGGCGGGCCCCAAAGUUGUGCGACACCAGAAGCAGCCGAUGCAGCCAGCGAGCUAAGUCAAAAAGGUCGCGAAUCGAUGGGAAAGGCAGUGGAAGGCUGUGA